AUGGAUGAGAAUAUUCGACAAGUUCAUGUUGGAAUAAUUGGAUCUGGUUGUAGUGGUUUAGUUACAUUAAAAGAAUUAUUAGAAGAAGGUCAUCAAUGUACUGUUUUUGAAAAAUCAAAUUCUAUUGGUGGUUUAUAUACUCAAGCAUAUCAACAGGGUAUAUUUGUAUCAAGUCAUUUAUUAACUAUGUUUGGUGAUUUUAUUGGAAAUGAUGAAAAUAUUCUUUCUCAACCAAGAAUGUUAUCAUUUAUUGAAUAUUCACAAUAUUUAAAUGAUUAUGCUGAACAUUUUCAUUUAAAAGAAUUUAUUAAAUUUCAAACAGAAGUUAAAUCUUUAUGGAAAGAUUAUUCAGAAAAUAAAUGGAAAAUUCUUCUUAAUAACGAUCAACAAAUUUAUACAUUUGAUCGUAUUGCAAUUUGUUGUGGAGUUUAUGGAAAUAUAAAUAUGCCAAUAUUUAAAAAUCAACAUUUAUUUCAAGGAAAAAUUAAACAUUUAAAACAUAUACAAUUUUAUGAAGACUUUAAAGAUAAACAAGUUUGUAUUGUUGGAAGUGGAGAAUCAGCUAGUGAUAUGAUAUUAGCUGCUGCACAAUUUGGAAAAAAAGCUUUUUUAUCUAUAAGAAAUGAUCAUGGAUUUAUUGUUCCAAGAUAUAUUCAUGGAGAUCGAUAUGGACCAGCUGAUUUGGAUACAUCACGUGUUCAUCAUUCGAUUCCACGUGCAUGGGGAGUUUUACAUACCUAUAUCGAUAUGAUUAAUAGUUUAAUAAAAUCAUAUUUGAAAUGUUUAAUUUAUCAAAGAGGUAAAUCAACCGAUUAUGAUAAAGUAAGAAGAGCUGGAAUUUAUAUGAAUUUAAAACAAAUAAAAACAAGUAAUGUAUGGACUACAUUUGGAACAAAAAAUUCAAAUUUAGUUGAAGCAUUAGUUAAAUAUAAUGAUAAAUGUUUUCGAAAAUCUGGAAUAAAAGAAUUAAAAACAAAUUCAAUUAUUUUUGAAGAUAAUUCUGAAGAAUAUGUUGAUGAAAUAAUUUGUUGUACUGGAUUUCAAAAUUCAUUUCCAUUUAUAGAACAAAGUGAUCAAGCUGAUUCAAAUUUAAAACGUAUUGUAAAUGAAGCAAAAAUUUCUCAUAAUUUAUAUAAACAUUGUAUACAUCCAGAUUUUGGUGAUGAAAUAUGUUGGAUUGGAUUUGCUCGACCUGCAUUAGGUGCUAUUCCACCAUUAAUGGAACUUCAAGCACGUUGGUUUGCUUUAUUAUGUUCAAAUAAAUUAAAAUUACCAACAAAAUCUGAUAUGUUAAAACAAAUUUCUAAAUAUGUUAAAUAUUUAGAAUGGCAAUUAACACCUUAUCGUGUUAAUCGUAUUACUAGUUUAACUGAUUAUUUAAUUUAUUCAGAUGAUUUAUCAAGAACAAUUGGUUGUCGACCUAAUUUUACUAGAAUUUUUUUUACAGAACCAAAAUUAUGGAUAAAAUUAAUGUGUGGACCACUAUUAAAUGCACAUUAUCGUUUAUGUGGACCACAUGCUAAACCAAUACAAGCAAAAGAAAUCAUAUUAAAAGCUAAAUGGGUUAAACAACCGAAUAUUUUAUAUUUUUUUAUGUUAAUUUGUUAUGCAUUUUUUUGGUUAGUUUUUGGAAUUGAAUCAUGUAAACCUGCUGCUUGGUAUCCAUUAUAG